AUCAGUUCGAACUCGGGGUCCCGCUCCAGAGGUGAUGCCUCGGAUGUGAGCGGGACGCGACAGGAAUGCCGGUAGGGGAGAAAAAAAAAAAGAAAAAGAGGUGCACGGAAGGGAGGGAGAGCGGCCUUUUAUAGGGACAAGAGGGGGUCACUUUGGGGAAAGUUUGCAGAGAGGGACAAGCUACACGGUCCGGAACUGGACCACCACCAUGCCCACUAACGGCUGACGCAACAGAAAGUCCUCUCGCAUGCCAACAUUUGAAUACAGGCCCGCCUUAAAAGCGACCGGUUGGAUAUGACGUCCGCCAACCCCCCUUCCUCUCGUAGCUCCUCCCCCCAGAAGGUGUGCCACACUCAGACGCAGACGGACGUCUUCAAACCCCUGCUGGGCGGCGGUCUUUCCAACGCGGGCGCCACGUUGAGGAAGCGGCGGCGAGUGUUAUCCAAAGAUGGCCGCAGCAACAUCCGCAUCGAGCAUGUUAGCGGGCGGGGGUCUCUGUACAUGCGAGACCUGUGGACCACCUUUGUGGACAUGCAGUGGCGCUACAAGUUCUUCCUGUUCACCGCCACCUUUGCUGGGACCUGGUUCCUGUUCGGGGUGUUGUGGUACCUGCUGGCACUGGUGCACGGAGACCUGCUUGAGUUCGAGCCUUCGUCCAACCACACUCCGUGCGUGAUGCAGAUGCAGACGCUGACGGGCGCCUUCCUCUUCUCUCUGGAGUCGCAGACCACCAUUGGCUACGGUUUCCGCUGCAUCACCGAGCAGUGUCCAGUCGCUAUCGUCCUGCUCAUCAUCCAGCUGCUCAUCACCACGCUCAUGGAGAUCUUCAUCACCGGCACCUUCCUGGCCAAGGUUGCACGUCCGAAGAAGCGAGGCGAGACGGUCAAGUUUAGCCAGCACGCCGUGGUGUCAACACAGGAGGGCCGACCCUGCCUCAUGAUCAGGGUGGCCAACAUGCGCAAGAGCCUCCUGCUCGGCUGUCAGGUGACAGGUAAGCUGCUCCAGUCGUCUCUGACCAAGGAGAGCGAGACGGUCCGCCUGGACCAGAGGAACGUGGCCUUCCAGGUGGACACGUCCAGCGACAGUCCCUUCCUCAUCCUGCCGCUCACCUUCUACCACGUCAUCGACGACGACAGCCCCCUCAGGGCCUGGGCCGCCAAGGGCGGCGGCUGGACUGAUCCGGAGUUGGCAGACUUUGAAUUGCUGGUCAUCCUCAGCGCGACAGUGGAGCCCACGUCAGCCACCUGCCAGGUCCGCACCUCCUACCUACCUGACGAGAUCCUUUGGGGUUACGAGUUCCCGCCAGUGGUCUCCCUGUCGCCAUCGGGCAAAUAUGUGGCCGACUUUGCCUUUUUCGACAAAGUGGCCAAAAGCAAUGUGGCGCCCGUCUUCAAGGCGUCGGGGGGCCCGCGACACGGUUACCAGAGCAACGGCAGCGGGAUGCUUCCCGACGGGUCAGACCCGGAGAAGGUCCGCCUGGAGCAAAGCUACCGGGAGGAGCGGGGCCGUGUCAGCGUUCGUAUCAGCAACGUGUGAAGACCUGAACGAGACUUGUUUGUUUUUUGGACUGGGGUGCGGUCCACCUCACAAAACCUGAGCGGAAACUCAGCAAAAUCAAAUAGAACUGAGGAAAGAAUAAGCCGGCGGGAGGUGGCAGAGGUUCUUUUAAAGGAACAAAUGUAUAUAGUCUAAACUCCACAUUUUCAUCUUUUGGAGGUGUCUCAAUACCUUUGUCCGAAUUCCACAUUUUAUUAACUUGUCAGUUUCAGUAGGUGUCCCAAUUCUUUUGUCCAAACUCCACAUUUUCCCUUCCUGUAGGUGCGCCAAUACUUUUGCCCAAACCCCACGUUUAACUUCCUUUAGGUGUCCCAAUACUUUUGCCCAAACACCCCCCACCCCAGGGAGGUGUCCUAAUACUUUAGUACAACUUUCUGUUAAGUCCUAAUAAUUUUGGCCACAUUGUCUUUCCUUUUUCCACUUCCUGAAGGUGUCCCAAUACUUUGGUCCAAACUUCACAUUUUCCCUUUUCAUAGGCGUCUUCAACACUGCCUUUUGGGUACGCUUUUUCGUGGGCCCUGUUCCACAAGUGACCUAUUUCAGGCUUCUGAUUGGCCAAAAAGGGCCUCACGGUUCUGGCACAAUGCGCCCCCUGUAGUGGUGGCAUGAACUUGCAAAUGCCUUUUAAUGUGGACAGGAAAGGAUUAUUAGGGCCACACAGAAAAAAAAAUAUAUAGUGAGAAGAAAUACUUUUAUUGCGACAAUAAAGUAAUUUAGUUCAGAAAACCUAAUUUAAAAAUGUUAACAUAACUAUUUAAGAAAAAAAGUCUUAAUAUUAGACGAAUAGUCAUUUUUGGGGGGAACUAAGUAGUGACCUUUUUUGUUUAAGUACGAUUGUUUUUUUAAUUAGAUGAGAAUAAAGUUGUAUUUUAUUGGAAAAUAUUUUUGUAGGAUUUUUUUUAAAGGGAAAAAAUUGUAAUCUCAUGAGAAUAGAGCUUUAAAUUUUUGGAUGAAAAACGUUUUUUGUUUAAAAAGUUAGACAUUGUACAUUAUUUUUUUAAACUUAGUAGAAUAAAGUUAUAUUUUUGUGAAAACAGUUAUAUUUUUACAUUUAAUGAGUCAUAAUAGUACAAGAAAAAAUUGUCUAUUUAGAGACUUUAAAAUUGUAUUUUCUAAAAAAGGUCAUAACCUCACGAUAAUAAAGUCAAUAUUUUUAUAAAAAGAUAUUUUUUCAAGAAAAAAAUACCUUUUUACAGUCUUAUUUUUUUGAAAAAGUUCGAAUAUUACAAAAAUGUUUUAUUUUUGUAGAAAAAGUUGAUUAAUUUUCAUUAUUUUAUAUUAUUAUUCUUUUGUAAUAUAAUGAGAAUACAUUCGAGAAUAUAGCUGUGCCUUGAGAUAGGAGUUCACUUUGUGUCGUGAACAUGCUUGUAUCUCAAAAGAGUCAUUUCUUAAAUCAUUAUUCCCCAUUGAAAGAAAUGGAAAAGAUAUGAAUCUGCUCUAGCACACCCCAAAAAAACACCAAAAUGCAUUUUUAAAAAAAAAUUUUAAUCCUAAAACUUGCACUCAAUAAUAUUAUACUGUAUAUGUAUGGUGUAUUUUCUCCCCACAUAACCAGCAAACAUGGAAAAUGUGAGCACAAAACACAACUGUAUCUAAAGUUUUGUCCUUCCCUGUUCUUUUUCUGUGGAGCGUAUCGGCAGUUGUCAAAUCUGCUCAAUGGUGCAUUAGUACCACCAACUAAUACAUAUUGUCCUUCCACUGCAAAGAACCCAGUGUGAAUUGAUGGUGGCCGGAUGUUGUGAAGUUUGCUGCAGCCAUCUAGCGGCGGAGGUCUGUAGCUACUCUUAGCCAAUUUUCUGCUUGAAUCACAAGACAAAGAAAUUGGCCAAGCAAACGCCUAUAUCUCAACAUACUUGUAAGUCAAGGCGCUCGUAUCUCAAGGCAGCACUGUACUCUAUUGUAUUUAUGAUUUUACAAUUGUCUUAAAAUUCCUACACAAAUACCACUUUUGUCUUAAAAAACAAACAAACAAACAAACAAAAAAUACAAAAUAAGCCUUAUUCUAAAAAGAAUAGAUAGAUUCUCAGUCAUCCAGGUCAUGAUAAUCUGCAAAGGUUGAAUCAAGGCAACUGGACUGUUGUUUGUUGAAGACGUUUCAUCUUAAAUCUAAAUUCCCCGUGUGCAAUCAUCUCUCCCCAAAAUGAUCACCUCAUUCAAUGGGUAGAGUGGCCCUAAUGAGCCGUUUUGCCACAAGAAUCAGAAUCAGAAUCAGAACCAUCUUUAUUUGCCAAGUAUGUCCAAAACACACAAGGAAUUUGUCUCCGGUAGUUGGAGCCGCUCUAGUACAACAGACAGUCAAUUUACAGAACACUUUGGAGACAUAAAGACAUUGACAAAAAACAACAACAAACAACAAUUGUGCAAAAAGAUGCAGAGUCCUCAGUUCGAAUGGCUAAUAUCGCAAUAGUCCGGUGCAAUGACCAUUGUGCAAAGGGCACUGAGACUUCAAGGAGUGUAUGCGGUUUAAAGUGACGAGUAGUGCGAUAAUCUGGGACAAUGUUGGUUGUGCAAAUGUUACAGAUACUCCUCAAUCAGUGUGCAAAUGGAGCAGAUGCUACUCUGGCAUGAGUGGCCAGUAUAUGCAAAUAGUGCAGCACGGCGAGACAACUACAGUGAGUGCACGAGUAAUACAUAAUUGGCCCCACAGAAAUGUGACAACGAACUCAAGUCAAAAAAUUGCCAGCUUGUUGUAAUGGAAUUAUAAGUUAGCUGUUUAAGAAGUUGAUUGCAAGAGGGAAGAAGCUGUUGGAAUGUCUACUAGUUCUAGUUUGCAUUGAUCGGUAGCGCCUACCUGAGGGAAGGAGCUGGAAGAGCUGGUGACCGGGGUGGGGAGGGUCUGAGAGGAUUUUGCAUGCCCUUGUCUUAGUUCUGGCAGCGUGCAAGUCCUCAAGGGUGGGUAGGGGGGUACCGACAAUCCUUUCAGCAAUUACAGUGAAUUACUGAUUGGUGUGCAGGACGGCCGUUUCACUAACCACACCAGGCAACGACAACGCCCCGUCGCUGACCAACCCACAAAUACUGAGCCUCCACACUGGAAAUUGAGAACCGAGGAAGGAUUUGGGAUUAAAGGUGGAAAGUCUUAUACAAACUGGAACAGUCAAGUUCCUUUGAUUCACCUUUUGAGAAUCUAAAAGGAGUCCUGCGAAAAUGGUAUGGUAUAUUACUUCUUCUAAACAAAAAUUAAUACAACCUUAUUCCUGUAAGAUUGCAACUUUAUUCUUGUCUUAUAAAAAGGAAUUUUCUUUUCAGUGUGGCCUUAACACUGCUUGGUAUUUUUGUAUCGUGAAAUAGGGGGUAGUUUUUUUUUCUUAUUUCUUUUUGAAUAUCUGUAUUUGUGUACAUGGCCACUUAACAUCAGGGGGAAAAAAAAUCAGUAUGUUAGGAAAUCUAACAUAAGACACCAUUAUACAGCCUAACCCAUCAUGUGGUGUUUUCCACGAGACAAUACUGCAUGUGUGUUGUUCUCGGAGACGAUGAGCUGGCGGCGUUCUGUGGAAAAUUCAAAUCUUGACAGUGGUGAACAACGGUUCACUUGACUCAAAAAACCCCCACCCACAAUUUCCCCCGAUACCUGUCACUUGUUUCCUGUUUGUUUUCAGGCGUACAUGCAGUGUUAAAGUGUUCACUUUGUAUUGCACAUUUAAUAUGUAUUUUAUAUAUAUAUAUAUAUAUAUAUAUAUAUAUAUAUAUAUAUAUAUAUAUAUAUAUAUAUAUAUAUAUAGCGAAAACACUAUUUUGGAGACAACCCACCAGUCAAAAGGAUGUUGCACCUGACACUCGGUGGCCAUAACAUACAAUAGCUUUUAGGUAGAAAUUGGCUUGGUGGCACCCCUCUGAAUUUGUGUGAAAAUUCAGCCCUGAAAGCUAGUUUCCGUCAGCAACAUGAAAUUUAAUAGUAAUGUCUAUCAUGAGUAAAACCACAAAAAGAGUCCAUGUCUGAAAAGACAAGGUAAGUCUGCUAUUUUGGUUUUUGGAUCAGCCACUUUUGGCUAAUUUCGACCAUUUGCAGGGGCUUCUUCGAAGGCGAAUUCCAUCAAGGGAUUUUUUUUUUACUACAAAAUUUGGACCUUGUAUACUAGACAGAUGGACAAUGCUAAAUUGCUAAGGAUUUAAGUGUGAGCGGAGUUUUGUUUGGGUUAAGGUUGAGUUCAGUGUUGGCGGAUCAUGGUGGUGAAAUUUGAUGACUCGCCAUAACACACAAACCCUAAUAGCGUAUGCAAUUUUGGAAAAUGACACCCCCGAAGCCACUUCUCCUUUGCAAUGUGAAAUUAGCAACGUCUAUCACGAGUAGACCCACAAAAUGUCUCAAGAAGCAGUGCCCACAAAGACAGGGUUAAAGUUGCGUGUAGGUGGAGCUUGGCAGCGAAAUUUGAUGACUUGCCAUGAAACACAAAACACUAGCAAUUAUAAUAAUUUUGCAUGAAAUUUUGGAAAAUACAGUCCCCAAAGGCAGUUUCUGUUAGCAAUAUGAAAUUUAAUAGGAAUGUGUAUCAUGAGCAGACCCUCAAAAAAGUCUCUUGGAGCCAUGUCUGAAAAGACAGGAAGUCUGCUGUUUUGUUUUAAGCAUCUUUGGGUCAAUUUCACCGUUUCCAGGGGCUUCUUCAAAAGUGAACUCAAGCGAAAAGUAUUUGUCAAAUUGCUACCAGAUUAGAACCACGUAUACUAGACAGAUGUAAUACGUUAAAUGACUAAGGAUUUGAGUUUUCUCUGCAUGUGGGUGGAGCGUGGCAUCGAAAUUUGAGGAUUCACCAUGAAAUACAAACUAAGAACCUAUCGCUACUCGAAGCUUUAAUUCUUAUUGUCUCAUAAAGAGGCCAGUGAGUGGACGGUGCUCAUCACAUUGCAUUAAUUGAGAAAGUGUGAUCAGUUUGUACAGAAUGUUUUUAUAAACCAUUCCUGACAUUUCAUUUUGAGUCCAGACACUGCUGAUGUGUAAUGUUAAUACUGUAAGCAAUAAAGUCACACCCUAACACAAACCCCCAGGCUGCUAGUGGUAAUAUUGGUUUAAAUAGAGGUGAGACCAGUGUAAGCAAAUGUGAAUAAAAGUUUAUCAAGCUG